UAAAAAUAAAUGAAAAUAAUCAAUAAGAGGAUUCAAAUAAUCUUCCAAUGAUAUACACACACACACACACAUACAAAUACACAAAUAAAUCGACGUAAAUGAUUUAAAUGAUUAAAUGAUUGACAUAAUGCUGAUCGUUAAUAAAAAAAUAUUGAAAUUAUUGGAAGAGUGGGUCGAGAUAAUCGAGAGGGCAGUUACGCCAUGUUGAACGUAAUGGCGGCAGCGGCCGUAACGAUGAGUAUACCAUGUAGGGUAGUGGAUCCGACUCAAACUACAGGAAGUAACGCUAGCACGACUUCCGCUGGUGGUGGUGGUGGUGGUGGUAGUAACAACGUUACAUCGGUACCGGUUGAAAAUCCAACCGUUGAAAAUUUACCGGAAAAUGUGAAUGUAUUUGUCGUAGUGAUUAAAGGUAUUAUAAUGGGUAGUAUAAUAACAACAGCUGUAUUAGGUAAUGCAUUGGUCAUUGCUAGUGUCAGAAGACACAGAAGAUUACGCGUUGUUACAAAUUGUUACGUCGUUAGUUUGGCAGCCGCCGAUUUGUUGGUUGCCAUGUGUGCAAUGACCUUCAAUGCAUCGGUCGAAUUAUCAGGUGGCAGAUGGUUAUUCGGUCGUUUCAUGUGUGACGUAUGGAGUUCGUUGGAUGUUUACUUCUCAACCGCAUCUAUACUCCAUCUUUGUUGUAUCAGUGUUGAUAGAUAUUAUGCAAUAGUGAGCCCUCUCGAAUAUACUGUCAUCAUGAGACAAGGUACUGUCGGUUGUAUGCUUGGAAGUGCAUGGAUCCUACCAGCUCUAAUCAGCUUUAUACCUAUUUUUAUGGGAUGGUACACCACAGAAGAACAUCUUGAAUUCAUGGUUAAAAAUCCCGAGGUUUGUGCAUUCAUAGUGAAUCGUCCUUAUGCAGUGAUCAGCUCGUGCGUAUCCUUUUGGAUACCUGGUCUGGUGAUGAUAGUGAUGUAUUGCAAGAUCUACAAGGAAGCGGUUAGACAACGUAAAGCAUUAAGCAGAACAUCGAGCAACAUCGUUUUGAACAGCAUCCACCAUCACAGAUCAUCGACGAGACAACACCAUCAUCAGCAGAUGCUAUUGCAAGCUGCAGCCGAAACCGGUGAGCUAGUUCUUCACACCGCACAUUGCAAGAUGCCCAACACCAAGCUCCACCCCAUUAACGGUACCUCAAUAAGACAACAAAGUAAAAGUUGGAGAGCCGAGCACAAAGCAGCGAGGACCCUUGGUAUCAUCAUGGGUGCGUUCCUACUAUGCUGGCUGCCAUUUUUCCUUUGGUAUUUAACGACGACACUUUGCGGUGAGGCCUGUUACUGUCCAGAUACCGUGGUAUCAGUUUUAUUCUGGAUAGGUUAUUUCAACAGUGCCCUAAAUCCGUUGAUCUACGCCUACUUCAACCGUGACUUUCGUGAGGCCUUCAAGGACACCUUGAAGAGUGCUCUACCCUGUUGCGCCGGAUGUUGGAAAACACCUUCAGAAUUUGUCUAGCGCGAAAGAUCGACGUAAACGGGGCUCAACACUUUUUUUUUAUUUUUUUUUUUAUAUUAUAUGUGAAUAUUUUUUUUCUCUUUUAUCUUUUCAUCA